CCAUAAUCGUUAUGAUACCGUAGUUUUGGGGUAAUACAUUCACAUUGAAAAGAUAUAUACUCGAUUUCUUCUUCACGUGGUUGGCGAAGCCUGGUGUUAAAUGAGGUUAGCGUAGCCAUCGUCCAUGGAACUCUUCUUAGCACUUGCGGACUUGAGCGUCUUGGCGGCCACAAACGCAACCAUCCCCACCCCAAACGACACGAGCGCUGUCGACGCCAUCGGCAGCGACGACUGCAUGUGGUCGCUGGUGGCUUGCAAGAGCACUUCGGCCAAGAUGGUCGUAUGGGCCACCCCUUGAGCGUUCAAAAAUAGCUUGUACACGGAGGCCUUUUGGCACAGCACAAAGCCACACAGGACAGACGCCGCGCGGCCCAACGUUUUGCCGAGCGCAGUCGUGUACUGGGCUUGCAGCGAGUAGCACUGGAGCACGGCCUGCAUGCAGUCGCACUUGAGCGAGAACACUCGGUACAAACACGCAAUUGAGUAUGGUUCGUUCUCAAACACGGAUGGGUUGGUCACGGGGUUGCCGUUGAUCUGGUCCGCCGUCGAGAGACGUCCGACGGUGUUGUCUUCAAAGCCUUCGCAAAUGCCAGAGUACGUUGCGUGGAACGCCAGGUGAUUGAGGUACUGACGGGCGUUGGAGAACUCGAACGCGCCGGUCUGGUACGCGCCGAGGGGGGCGUCUUCGGUUGGGUGGGCGUACACGUCCGUGUCGACGUGCUUGACACAGUCGGCGUCGUUGUGGGUGAUGGCGGCGGCCCCAGCGUCCCCCAGCGUCCCCUCCAGUGUGCACUUGCCUGCAUCGCCAAAGUAGGAGGGUAAUCCCGAGAUCGUAAACAGCUCUAAGUGGUGCGAAGGCACCUUUUUGAACGAGAUCGUUAGGGGGGUGUACUCGUCGCCGUCGGACGUCGAGUUGAUCACAAUGUCGUCGCAGGUGCCCGUGUCGCCGUUCACGGGACGAAUCACUAGGUCUUGCAGGUACGCGUAGUCGUCUUCGCGGUUCUCGUUGAGGUAAAAUGGGUACCCGAUCGUGGGAGCGUAAUGCGCUAACGUUUUCUCGGCUACGCACACAUAGGGUGCCGUGAACGCGGUGGCCUUGGGGUUGGGUUUGAGCGUGACGUGGCAGUUGGUGCGCUUGGUGCAGGACCCAUCGGGCACAGUACUAGCCAGCUGGGGGUGCAGGAUCGAAUGGCCAAUCGUUUGCUUAACCUCGGUCAGGUACGAGAUGAGCGCUUGGUUGCACGCGACCUUGAGCCCCCCGAGUCCGUUGGCGUCGUCGAGCGCGUUGAAGUCGAUGGAUGUGUCGCCUUGGACGACGUUGUUGCAGUAGUUCAAGUACUUGUCGGCUCGAACCAACGAUCCGUACACAGGGUCCGUGUCCGUGUAGCCGUUGCCUCGGUUGUCAAAGUAAAUUGGCACUUCGACCACGACGUUGGCCCACUUGAUAAAGUACUCGUCCGGCAACACACACGAGUACCCGACGUGGGUCCGGUUCCCGAUCAAGUCAAAGUCGGUCGUGCCGGCAAUGUACCCCUUGGUUAGACGCAGCUGGUUCUCGGUUACAUCCAACAGCUUGGCGUACGUCGACUUGUACCCCCCAAGCUUGCAAAUGCGCCCCACGGAUCUCCUGCGUAGGGAUCGUACGAGUCGUCCUUGGAGCACUGCGAUGAACAUGUGCGGAAGUGCGAGAACACGGCCUUGUGGUGGUUCGGGUCGAAUGCCUUGAACGGCGGCUUGAAGUGCACUACGUUCGUGCCGUACACUUCGGCGGACGCAGUCCACACUGCCAACGCCGAAGCAAUGAUCAGUUGUUGAGGAGCUAGCAUGCUUGCUAUGGAGUUGCAAUGCAAAUGCAAGAGUGGGCAGAGUGACCACGACUUCCCAAGAUCGCAAUGUAGGAUCUGAAAUAUUUCGCGCCAAUCAAAACGUUCGG